AUGGAAACAAAUUCUGCUGAGCGAUAUAUAUUCAAGCCGAACUUUCUGGGAGAAGGUUCGUAUGGAAAAGUGUACAAGGCUUAUGACACGACGUUGAAAAAAGAAGUAGCAAUUAAGAAAAUGAAAAUUAAUAAAAUAAGCAAUUACAUUGAUGAAUGUGGCAUAAACUUUGUAUUACUAAGAGAAAUAAAAAUAAUGAAUGAAAUAAAACAUAAGAAUAUUAUGACUGCCCUGGAUUUAUACUGUGAAAAAGAUUACAUAAAUUUAGUGAUGGAAAUAAUGGAUUACGAUUUAGCUAAAAUUAUCAAUCGUAAAAUAUUAUUAACAGAUAGCCAAAAGAAAUGUAUUCUUUUACAAAUUUUAAAUGGACUCAAUGUGUUACAUAAAUACUAUUUUAUGCAUCGAGAUUUGUCCCCUGCAAAUAUAUUUAUAAAUAAAAAAGGAGAAGUAAAAAUUGCAGACUUUGGAUUGUCUUCCAAAUAUGCAUUUGAUAUGUACUCAGAUAUGUACUCAAAAGAUAAACAACAUAAUAAGAGAUCUUUAAAUAUGACUAGUAAAGUCGUAACGUUAUGGUAUAGAGCUCCUGAAUUGUUAAUGGGAAGUAAUAAAUAUAAUUCAUCUGUUGAUAUGUGGAGUUUUGGGUGUAUAUUUGCUGAACUUUUAUUACAAAAGACUUUAUUUCCAGGAGAAAAUGAAAUUGAUCAAUUAGGGAAAAUAUUUUUUUUGUUAGGCACACCAAAUGAAAACAAUUGGCCCGAGGCUCUUUAUCUUCCCUUAUACACAGAAUUUACAAAAUCAAAUAAAAAGGAUUUUAAAAAUAUAUUUAAAAUUGACAACGAUGAUUGUAUAGAUUUAUUAAUGUCUUUUUUAAGGUUAAAUUCACAUGAGCGUAUUACCGCAGAAGAUGCCUUAAAACACAGGUAUUUUUUUAACGACCCUUUACCUUGUGAGAUAUCACAACUUCCCUUUAACGACAUGUGA